AUGUAUCCCCAUUUCCUUCUUGCUUCCGCCCUCUUAUUGAGCAACUCUUUUACCAUGGCACAGUGGUUAUAUCGCUCCGAUUCCCGGGAUCCUGACGUGAUAAGGGAAUGCGGAGGCUUCAAAAUAGGCUGCCCGCGAUAUAUACCUCACGGCUUCGAGCCUUUCCAUUAUAUGCAAAACAAUCUAAAUGACCCUUGGGGAGCAACAUGGGACAGCGUGGCGGUCGCGGGAGAAUACCUAUGCAGAUACGCUCCCUUUCAUCAUGGGUGGAUGUAUGCGCUUAAGGUAAAGCGCUCUGAUGUCCCCCCGAGAAUCGACUGGAAGAGCCAGCCCGACAUAUCAAAACACACCUGGGAGAUGGUCAGUGUAUUUCAACGUUCAGGACGCGUUGAUGAGCAACAACAGGACCCCAGCAUCGGAAAUUGGAUCGAAAACCCCGAUCACCGCCCUGUACGCUAG